AUGGUCGAUCCGUCCCGCGCAUCCAACAAGAAUUAUACCAUAACCAAAGCAACGGCCGAAGAUGUACCAAUUAUCCAGUCAAUGGUUGAAGCCGCAUACUCAAAAUAUAUUGAACGUAUCGGCAAACGGCCAGCCCCCAUGGACGAAGACUACUAUCAAAUCAUCCACACUCAGAAUGUUCUUGUUUUAAAGGAUAAGAACAACCUGGUGGUUGGAUCAAUUGUCCUUGAAUUUGACCCAGCCUCCAACUCCAUGAAAGUCAACAACUUAGUGGUCCAUCCCUCGGCCCAGGGCCAUGGAUACGGGCGAGUUAUGAUGAACUGCGCCGAGGAUGUUGCGCGAUCGCAGAAUUGUGUGGCGGUCACGCUCUACACAAACGUCAAGAUGUAUGAAAAUCUUGGAGUUUAUUUGAAAAUGGGGUUCUCUGAGACUGAAAGAAAGAACCAAGAUGGCUUUGAUCGAGUUUUCUUCCGCAAGGAUCUUUGA